AUGGACGACGCGCGCGCCUUGCUCGAUGUGGAGACUCCCCCGGAGACAGGCUCAGUGACGGCCAGUGCCGUGAAGCGUCGAGCCAUGUGGGGAAUGCUGUGGAGCGGCGUACUCUCGGCGAUCGUGGUGUUGGUGCUCUUCAUGCCCAAGACAGAGCAUGGAGGUUCGAAAGAUCUGGUGCAAUUGGCUCAGUGGUCGUCGGACUUCGACGCCUUGGACGUGGAGGCGGAGCGUGCGGACUUCGGACGCCUGGCGUCGAAGGCCUCGGAGCUGGCGGACUUGUUGCGCGUGCUCCGGGGCUCGGUGAUGAGGUCGCCGGCGCUUCCCAAGGAAUUCUUCGCGGACACCAGAGAGAAGAUCUUGGAGUUGUUGCAGACGCUGCAGGGCAAGGUCUCUCCCUUGGAUGCGGUGAAGUUAGGCAUCAGCGUCACCACCAAAGACUUGGCACGGUUGGGUGUCCCCCUGGAAGACUCAACGGCACCGUCAGAGACCAACGCAGAGACCAACAUCAUUCGAACCUCGGUGGAACCGGAUGGAGAUAGCCAUGGCGGCCAUGGCGGCCAUGGCCAAAAGAUGACGCGGAUGGCAGAUGUCCCAGGAAGUUUCGGGGCUGGACCCCCGUGGACCGAUGGAUUGGUACGAUUCUGUUUCCAUGCAAAUGUACCUUCCAGGAUCAAGACAUUGGUUCAGAAUGCCAUGUUGGAAUUGGAGAAGGCCAUUCCUUGCAUCCGCUUCAAACAGAUCAAGAACCACCGCACAUCCAGUACGAACUGUGAAGUCUAUCCUUCCGUCAUCAUCACAUCCUUCGACAACAGAGGUUGCGCCAGCAGCCACCUGGGCUGGUACUCCCGCACGACACAGCAGUGGGUCAACUUGAAAGCUCGGAAGCCGCGGCAAGGUCAUUGCGAAGUCUUGGGCAUUGCGAUUCACGAAUUGGGGCAUCUCCUGGGCAUGGCCCAUGAACAAGCACGGCCGGAUGCUUCGAAAUAUGUCACCAUACAUUGGGACAACAUCAACCCCAACUAUACUCGGCAAUUCAAGGUGAAUGACAAGGCAGACAAUGAACGACCCUAUGAUUUGUUGUCUGUCAUGCAUUAUGGUUCAGAGGCCUUCAGCAUUAAUGACAAGGACACCAUCACUCCCAAGAGCAGCGGCUGUUGGCACUACACCAGUGACGCUUCGUUGUGUGAGCGAAUCAAGGACAACAUGGGACAACGCAACGGGAUCACUCAAUUGGAUGCCGAUCAGCUGGGAGACCUUUACAAGUCGCAGAACAAACUUUGCAGGAGCAGCUUGGCUCAGUCCAAUCCCGCGAGUGAUGGGCUCCCCUUGCAGCGCUGGGUACCUCGAACGCCCUUGUCGUACAACACCAUGGGCGUGGCGUAUGCAUAUCCCUUUCCUUGUAAGGCUGCGAGUCAGACCCGCGUCUGGUCGUCCGCUGGAGGUGGUGCCCUGUUGUGGAGGCAUGGAAAUUUGGCAUUUUACCAAGGAGAUGACAAGGGUGAGACCAUCUGGUCCCACGUCGUUUGGCAAAGUGGGACCUGUGCAGAUUGUGGAGGUGGCUUUGAACCACGAUCCAAUCCGGGAGCACAUCUCUGUUUCCACUCGAAUGGCAAUUUGGUGAUCUAUUCUCAAACUAGGAGAUUGUUGUGGGCCACCGGCACCUACCCGGGCCGUAGGGCUCCAUGGGGCGCUUGGAGGAUGGCAAUCUUCGAUCAUCAUUGGGCCAUGAUGAGUCCUCGCAUUAAACCGAGAGAGGGAGUACAAAAAGAAGUCUUGCCGUAUUCCAUGGUACGUUAUCCCUCAGAAGCUCCAUCUUCCAUCGAAAUCCUGCCAUGGCUCAUUGGAUGGUUCGGGUGUCUGACCGAUGUGACUUGGGAGACAUUGGGCGGUGCGCAGCUGCGAUUCCAUGAUGGAGAGCUGGUGUUUUAUCCUGGAGAUGGUCAUGGUAAUAAGGAUGAUCCAAUCUGGCGUAGUGGGACCAAACACAUCGGCAAAGAGUUGUGUUUUGCUGAGGACGGCAACUUGCUGAUCAACUCGGCCACAGAUUGGGUUUGGCGUUCCGGGACCUUUGACAGCUCCGGUGGCCGAUCACCAGAGGGAGCCACAUCUCUGGUGGUUUUUGAUGGUGAAUGGUCCAUGUUUAGUGCCACCGGUGUGGCGCUGGUGACAUUUCCACCCAGCACCAAAUAUUUCAAGGAACUUCUACUGCUACCCUUUGGUCUGGCGGAGACCAGUGGAGUUCAGAAAGUCGUCCAGUGUUUCAGCAGCUAUGUGAAGUGGCUGUCAGAGUUUCCAGUUCCAAAGGAACAGGACAUGGCAUCUUUCACAGUUCUGCUGAAGCAGAUCCUGCAGGACAAUGCCGAUGUGACGCGGACCAUGAGCGGAGCCCUUUUGGAGGUGAGAUCCACCAUGGGCGAAGCCAAGUACGAGGAAAUUCGCUCGGAGGUGGACUUGAUUUUCGAUCGUUUCUUCAUCAAACGCAUUGGGCUUCGCUUCCUGAUACAGCAUCACAUCGAAGCUGCAGAAGCUGCUGAAUCAGCUCUCCUUCCAGGUGCUUCAGGCAUCAUCCGCAGCAUGGCGGUGGGGGAACUCCUGCGGGCUGCCGCGCAAGAGGCGCGUCGCGCCGUGCAGGAGGACCUGGGCUUGGCGCCGCAGGUGGAAGUGAUCGGCGAUGGAGCUGAAAUACCUUUAGUCCACGCCAACACCUUUGCGACUGGUUCCAGCUUAUGCAAGGCGAGUUUCAACAACAGCGAUUUCACCCACGUCCCAAGUCACAUUCACUUCAUUUGUUACCAGCUGCUGCACAAUGCCUGCCAAGCAACUGCCAAGAGAUGGCAAGGAGAAAGACUCCAGAAGCAGCGAGAAUUGUUUUUGUCUGUUGCAACGGAUGCAAAGCCACAGUCCGUGCCCAUGGGCAAAGCAACAGUGGCGGGUUUCCCUUUUUCGGCCAGGAGUGGCGUAGCAAAGUCUCCAGAAGGAUUGGCACCCGUUCGGGCAAUCUUCGCACAUGGAAGCGACGAAGUAUCAAUCAAGGUCUCUGAUGAGGGUGGUGGAAUUCCUCGGAGUGAGUUGCCACAAGUCUGGAGCUAUAGCCGAGCACCAGUGGAUACCAGCUCUGAGAGCAUUGAACGACUUGGUGUUGGUCUGCCAUUGUCGCGACUUCACGCAAGAUACUAUGGCGGCGACGUGGUGCUGAAGUCAAUGGAAGGAUUUGGCACGGAUGUCUACGUUUUCUUAAACAGGCUGGGGCACAGCUGCGAGAAUUUGCCGCAGGGCGUUCGGUUGAGCCCGGCCCAGCAGGACUCCUCCAUCACAGCUGAGGCCCGCAUCACGGCUGAAGCGCUGGGCGACAUCAGCGAAGCGGAGGUGGCGCAUCUGACCCGUAGAUUGCGAGAACGUCGAGCAAAAGCCCCGACUCAAGCUGAAAUUGAAUAA